UUGCCGGGAGCGCGGGGAGGAGCGAAGGGGCCUUGAGGGCUCCCUGAAACUGUGGGUCUGGCGGCCCGCGGCAGAAGCGAUCGUAGCUCGCUGGCCAGAGACGGAGUAGUGUUCCCAGAACUGCCGGAGGAGUCGGCCUAAAGGGCGGAUAGACAGACGGCAGGGAGGGCCAGCAUGCACCUACUGUUGCACCCCGCCUGGCCGCUGCUCCUCGGCGCCACGCUGACCUUCCGGGCACUCCGGCGCGCGCUCAGUCGCCUGCCCCUGCCCGCUCACGUGCGCACCGACCCCCUGCGCACCUGGCGUUGGCAUAACCUACUUGUCUCCUUCACCCACUCCAUUGUAUCAGGGAUCUGGGCACUGCUGUGCAUAUGGCAAACCCCUGAAAUGCUAGUGGAGAUCGAGACGGCAUGGUCACUUUCUGGCUACUUGCUUGUGUGCUUCUCCGCAGGAUAUUUCAUCCACGACACGGUGGACAUUGUGCUUAGUAAACAGACUAGAGCUUCUUGGGAAUACCUUGUUCAUCAUGUCAUGGCUAUGGGUGCCUUCUUCUCUGGUAUCUUUUGGAAAAGCUUUGUUGGUGGGGGCGUCUUAACACUCCUGGUGGAGGUCAGCAAUAUCUUCCUCACACUGAGGAUGAUGAUGAAGAUAAACAACGCACAGCAUCUCCUCCUCUACCGCAUCAACAAGUAUGUCAACCUGGUUAUGUACUUUCUCUUCCGCCUGGCCCCCCAAGUCUACCUCACCAAGUUCUUCCUGCGGUAUGCUGGCGAGAGAACCCUGGGGACAUUUUUGUUGGUCAUCCUGCUCAUGUUGGACUUGAUGAUCCUCAUCUACUUUUCCCGCCUCCUUCGUUCUGAUUUCUGCCCUGAACGUGCUCCCAGCCGCCAACACAAAGACAAAUUCUUGACUGAGUGAGAAAGGAUAACCCAGGACAUGUGGCAGGGACAGCAAGCACAGCCAACAGCUUUGUAACAUAAACUAGGACUCUCUCUGCCUCAAGCCUGGGUGUAUUCUGGGCCAGCUUUUCCACCUUAAGCCUACACCCACACUAUUGAAAACACUAAUGAAAGCUCUUCUCUUAAGUCCUCUUCUUGGGCAAGGGAUGAGGGAAGCAGACCAACCGGUUGGACACGGUAGGAUGGGUGAGGAUGAGACAGUCAACCCACACCACCCUGAAAUGGAUGCUGGCGACUCUAAAAUAACCCCUCUGCUCUUCCAAACUCUGGCACUGGUUUCACAACAGCCUGUUCCAGGGAUAAAGGAAGGAACUCUUGUAAAGUUUGUGCUCUGAACAUCUGAUGGGGGCAUGCCCCAGGACAACUAACACUGUCUGAAGUAAUAAAUACCUCUGGUACCUGA